AAGCCAUUUGUCUCUCAUUGUUAGUCAUGGAUGUGGGAGGAAAAAUUGCUCUUGUGACCGGUGCCGCCAGCGGAAUAGGUUUCGCCUACGCCACGGAACUUUUGAGAAAUGGAGCUAAACACGUUGCUAUUCUCGACUUGGCAAGUUCGAACGGCGAGGAAUCGGCGAAAAAAUUGAACGCAGAAUUCGGAAAUGGAAAAGCAAUCUUCAUCGUCUGCGACGUGACGAAGGCCCAGGAAUUGGAAGCUGCAUUCGCCAAGACUGUCAAAGAGUUUGGUAGUCUCGACAUCGUCAUCAACAACGCUGGAAUAAUGGACGACGCGAGAUGGGAGCUUGAAAUCGGGAUAAACUUCACUGCCGUCGUGCGCGGAACUAUGCUUGGCUUCCAGUACAUGGGUAAGGACAAAGGGCACAAAGGGGGCGUCAUCGUCAACAUAUCAUCGGUCGCAGGACUAGUAACGGGUCCAAGUUUUCCUGUUUACAUCGCUACGAAGCACGCAGUCAUCGGUCUGACUCGAUCAUUCGGGCUGCCUUAUCACUUCGAGAAGACGGGUGUUCGCGUAAUCUCGAUGUGCCCAUCCUUCACCAACACACAACUGAUAACGGAAUGCGUUGGAAGGACCCUGGACAGCGUGGAGCAGGAUCACAUCGACAAAGUGCUUAGCUCCGUUCCUGCGCAAACGCCGGAGAGCGUCGCUGAAGGUGUUCUGCACAUAAUACGUGUCGGCGAGAAUGGCAGCAUCUGGGUUGUCGAGAAUGGGGAACCGGCAUAUGAAGUCCAGCUAGCCGAUCAACCAGUGAAAAAGGUUUCUGCCUGAAGUCAGCGAUAAAUCAGUGACAAAAGAACUUUCCACAUUUUUUUAA